AUGGCAAGCGAUCACAUCUUUUGGAUGAUGGUCUGGGACCGCUUGGGCGUGUAUGACUGGUGGGCCGCUUCUGCUAAAAAGCGAGCCAAGUACUCCUCUGCCACCGUCAAACACGAAGACUUCCCGCUCAAGGCGAAGGACUUUUCCGGCGGCUCUCUGUUUGCGUCCGAGCCUUGGAUCGAAGGCCAACGCUUCGUUGUACCCAAGGUCACAACUGGGGCCAUCAACCACCACGCAAUCGACAAGAAUCCCGUCCUCCUCAAGACAUGCAUCCCUCUGCCGAUUGAAGAGGGGGUCUUGCGACCAACGUGCCCGGUGAUCCAGCGACAACCUCGCGUCGAAAUGCCAGGCGGCAUCGGCAUGAAUGAGGUCUCUUACCUGCCCAAGUCCUUCGUUGGACGCAACGUGGGCUUCCCUCCCGGGGGUUCACUGUCACUCGGCAUCAUAGCCGUUCUGUUGGCGCUGGCGGUCGGUCUCUGUUUCUCCCACCUCGCCAGUCGGCGGAAGGACUUGGUCCAUGAAGGCCAAAUGGGUUCCCUCGCCAACAAGGUCGAGAACCAAAAGACAAUCAAUUUCAUCCUGAACGACCAAGUCAGGACUCUUCACAAAAGCAAGCGAGGUAUGGAAACCGAGCUGCAAGACAUCCGAGGCAAGGUCGACAAGGUCCGAGAAUCUGUCAAAGCCAUGGACGAACUCACCAAGAACCAGCAAGCAAUGCUGGAAGAAAAGGACUCCUUGAUCAAGAGGCUCGAAGCCACCCUGGCCGAACAAGAGGCUAGAAUCAAGGAGCAAGAAGCCACCAUGGCUGAGCAAGAGGCUGCGAUCAAGCGGCACCAAGACACCCAGGCUCGGCUGGGCGAGAUGGAGGAGCUUCUCCGACAGAAGGAGAAAGCGAUCACGGAGAAGGUGAGCGCCAUCGCGCGACUUACGGAGGAGAAGCAGGCGGCCGCGGAAGAGGCGAGCGCCCUGGGCGGCACCCGGGACCGGCUGACGCAGCAGCUGGAGGAGGCGACCAAGGAGCUGCGGUCCGCGACCUAUUUCGACAAGGACCUCUCGCGCCGGAGGGAGGAGCAGUUGGCGAAGCAGAACAAGAAGCUGCACGCCAAGGACCUCCACAUCAAGGCGCUCAAGGCGCAGAUCGAAGGGCUCGGCCAAGUGCCCGCCCCCCUGCCACCGCAGGGGGACGCCACUGCCGCGCCGGCCCCGACGUCUGGACAGCCAGAGCCGCCUGCGUCUCUGGCGCCGACGGCGACGCCUGCACCUGGCCCGUCCGCUCCCGCGGCUCCCCAUCAGUCCGUGAUGGAGAGUCGUUGGGCCGAUGCGGCUCCGCUUCCUCCCAGCCAGCCUGCUGCAUUCCGCGGCGGGUGGCAAGGACGGGGCCGCGGACGUGGCAGGGGUGGACGUCGACCGUGA